CGAUAGUUGUCACAUCCACCGGGAUGUGGAUGCUGGGAUGUUCGUAGGGGAGCUUGCUGCUGCUUAGAACAGGAUGAACUCAAAAAACUGUUCAAGGCAGGAGAAGACGAGACGGUAAAGUGAGGAAGAGUAGAGAGGAAGAGGAGGAGGAGGACGAGAAGAAGUAGGGGGGUUGCCGCUUCCCCCUCCUGACGUCACCAGCCUGCGUGAGAGUCAAAACAACCGUUGGCUGCGGUAACGGUAGCUCCCCGCAGCCUCUCGGAAAUCCGUUUGAAGUGGCUCCAAAAGAUUAUUUCUGCGCGGGCUCGUAGCGCAGCAGCGACCGGCGCUUAUCUUAGCUCCUAGCCACCGGAUACUCUCCAAGAAGCGGGAAAAAUACAAAAUAAUAAUACAAGAAGAAGAAGAAGAAGUAAGCCAAGAGGGCUGUGAGGAGCAGGUGCGCAGGAACAUCACCGCACCUGUCGCUACAGGGCAGGGGUUGUGGUCUUACUGCAGCUGAUGGCAGCCAGAGUUUGCAUGAGGCCACUGAUUGCAGGGGAUUGAUGCGAGUUGACGUGAGGCUGAGUCACUACUGGUGUGGAGGAAGCUCUGGAGAGGGAAAGCGAGGGCUGGAGGAGGUGGAGAAGAAGAGGAUAAAAAGACGAAGAAGAAGAAGAAGGGAGGGAGAUAAGCCACAACAGGAAGUGAAACGACACACACACAUACAUGUUUGUGUGUGUGUCUGAGAGAGACUGCGUAAACUAGAGAACGAGAAAGGAAGGAAGGGAGGGAGAGUGACGCGGAGGCUGGGAGAGCCGGGCGCCCCCCCCCCUCUCGCUCCUCUCCUCCUCCUCCUCCUCUCCCUCUCUCCUCCUCUACUCCCCUCCUCCCUCUCUCUCUGUGUGGAGCAGGCGUGUAGCGGCAUCAGACUCGACGUGAAGGAACCAUGAGCGAUGUCACCAUCGUUAGAGAGGGAUGGCUCCAGAAAAGAGGUGAAUACAUAAAGAACUGGCGACCUCGUUACUUCUUGCUGAAGACAGACGGUUCUUUCAUCGGCUACAAAGAGAAACCUCAGGAUGCAGACCUGCCCUACCCGCUAAAUAACUUCUCUGUAGCAAAAUGUCAGCUGAUGAAGACGGAGAGGCCAAAGCCCAACACCUUCAUCAUCCGCUGCCUCCAGUGGACCACAGUCAUUGAGAGGACUUUCCACGUGGACUCACCUGAUGAGAGGGAUGAGUGGACAGAAGCCAUCCAGAUGGUGGCAGACAAGCUGCAGAGACAAGAGGAGGAGCGGAUCCAGUGCAGCCCCACGUCCAACAUCGACAACAUGGUCGAAGAAGAGAUGGACAUCUCCACCACUCACCACAAACGCAAGACGAUGAGCGACUUUGACUACUUGAAGCUGCUGGGAAAGGGGACGUUUGGUAAAGUGAUUCUAGUGCGAGAAAAGGCCAGCGGAAAAUAUUACGCCAUGAAGAUCCUUAAAAAAGAGGUCAUCAUAGCCAAGGAUGAAGUGGCUCACACACUGACAGAGAGCAGAGUACUAAAAAACACCCGGCACCCCUUUCUAACGUCUCUGAAGUAUUCGUUCCAGACGAAAGACCGCCUCUGCUUUGUCAUGGAGUACGUGAACGGGGGGGAGCUGUUUUUUCAUUUGUCAAGAGAGCGCGUGUUCUCCGAAGACCGCACGCGCUUCUACGGCGCCGAGAUCGUCUCCGCGCUCAACUACCUGCACUCAGCCAAGAUCGUGUACCGGGACUUAAAGUUGGAAAACUUAAUGCUGGAUAAAGACGGCCAUAUCAAAAUCACUGAUUUUGGACUCUGCAAGGAAGGAAUCACCGACGCUGCUACCAUGAAGACGUUCUGUGGCACACCGGAGUACCUCGCGCCAGAGGUCCUGGAGGACAACGACUACGGUCGGGCGGUGGACUGGUGGGGUUUGGGCGUGGUGACGUACGAGAUGAUGUGUGGACGAUUGCCGUUCUACAAUCAGGACCACGAGAAGCUGUUUGAGCUCAUCCUCAUGGAGGACAUCAAAUUUCCUCGCACGCUGUCGUCAGACGCGAAAUCGCUGCUGUCAGGCCUCCUCAUCAAAGACCCCAACAAAAGACUUGGGGGAGGGCCGGAUGACGCCAAGGAAAUAAUGAGACACAGUUUCUUCUCUGGCAUCGACUGGCAGGAUGUUUAUGAUAAAAAGCUCGUCCCCCCCUUCAAGCCUCAGGUGACGUCAGAAACAGACACCAGGUACUUUGAUGAGGAGUUCACGGCUCAGACCAUCACAAUCACUCCACCGGAGAAAUUCGACGAGGACGGGAUGGACUGUCUGGACAACGAAAGACGGCCGCACUUCCCACAAUUCUCUUACUCUGCCAGUGGGCGUGAAUGAACUGUCCAAUGGCGACAUCAUCAAAGCUGGUCUCUGAGGUCAUCAACGUGGGACCCAAAAAAAAGAAAAAACAAAACAACCCACCCACAGCUUCGGACCAAGCCAGCCUUAGAGGAUUCUUCCCUUCUCCUUCAUUCCUUCUCUCCUCUUCACCUCUGCAGUCUGCUUUUUUUAUUUAUUAUUCAUACUUUUGUCAAAAAAACAAACAAACAAAAAAAAAAACAACCCGCCCAAGCGAUCCAAACUGUGACCUGAUCAGUUGUGACGACCCUUUAAGGACAGGAGCUCCACCGGAGCGCGCUGUGUUCUGACGUGUGUCCGUUCUCCACAAACGCCGGCGGCGGACGCUCGUUUUCCCUCGGUUUCUCUGCGGUUCCAUCAAACACAAACUGCCAUUACCGGUAGUGUCUUCUCUGCAAACACAGACACUUUAGAGCCGUCUUCAAACCCGCUGAUUCUGGGACUGACCGAGUCAUUGUGAUCGGUGAGCAGAAUCCUACACACCUCACGUCGUCAAGCAGGAUUUGACUCAGGUGUUACUCAGUGCGAGUUCUUGUCGUUGCUGCUACUUCAACUAUUACAAUACUACAGGUACUACUGUCGCUCGUCUACUGCUACUACUUAAGCCCGGUGCUACACUUGUUGUAAAUGCUGCUGAUCAUUUCGCGAACACCAAACACCUGUAUGAACAGCUGCUGACCGCGGCGCCAAAGACGGGUUCCAGUCAGAACACGCCUCAAAGCACAGCGGCUCCGGCGGGUGAAGCUCAAACAUGCGGCACUCCAUUACCCACAAUGCAGUGCACGCCACAGAAGAGGUGAAAAAGAGAGGAAAGCAGCUAGUUUGAAUGUUCCCCCUGAACCUUUUUUUAAAUUAUUCUUUCCUUCCAAACAAAACAAAAGGGAAACCGAAGCGGUACUUGUGUUGAAACCACUGAAAGCUUUACUGUGACAUGUUGGGUCCACACGGCCAAGUCUGACUCAGCAGAAGAGAGAAAAUCUCUACGAGAAAAACAUAGAAUGAAAAGUUUAUUACUUUACUGUUGGGGCGCGACGGCUGAUGGAAAAGCGGGGUUUACAAGAAUCACAGCUCUUAUAAUAUUUGUUGUAUUUAUUGUUUAUCUGGUUUGGUUUUAUAUUUAACUUUUUUCUAUUCUAUUGUUCUAGAAAAGAAAUAUAUUAUUUCUUAGGGCUGAGAGGAGGAAGAAAAAAGAAAAAUUGCACCUCAAGAAACAAAAAUGGCUGAAGAAUGUAGGAGGCAUCGCAGAUGGCCUUCCUGCUGCGUUGUUUGUUUUAUUUUGAUGUUUUUGUGUUGUCUUGUGACCAAAAUGUGACAGCCGGGGCGUGACGGGCGCGCAAGAGACAGACGAUUGAGAGGAAAAAAAAGAUUUGUCUUUUACUUUAAAUAGGAUUUAAAGGUUUUACUGCAGGUGAGGCGGCAGAGUUCAGAGAGAAACAGGAAGUGGUUACGAACGCAAAAGAGAGAAGCACAAAUGAAUGUACAGCAGAGGAGGAAGAGGAGGAGGAAGAGGAGGAACUGUAAGUUUUCACUGUAGGUGUGUGGAGGUGGUCAGGGGUUACGGAGAGAAAUAACUAUCACCUCGAUUUAUGCGUGCUAGUUCUUGAUUUAUGCGGAAAUAAGGAUUUGUGUGUGCAUAUUCUUUAUCUAAGAACGCGUAAUUCUUGAUUUUAUGCAUAAAUUAGAAUAUGUACAAGCAUAUUUUUGAACUAUGCGUGCAUAUUCUUGAUUUCUGCGUACGUAAUUCUUAAUUUGUGCAUAACUUUGGAUUUGUGCGUCCAUAUGAUACAUUAUUUGCAUAAGAAAAAAAAAUUACAAAAUUCCCAAAAAUGCAAAAUACAAUUUACACAUGUACAAAUUAAAAUGACAACAGCUUGAAAGUAAUUAUACGCAAAUUUAAAAAAAAAAAAACGCACAAAUUGCUUGUUACGCACAAACAAAACCUCAGUUACGCACGAAUCUGUGGCGAGAUUCUUUUCACGUCUCAGAUAUUCAUCCGUGAGUGAUGCGUUUAAAUGCUGCUAGAAGUUUUCUUAUCAGCUGCUUUGAACUUAGAUUGUGAAUAAUAUCUGGUGAAAAAGGAAAUUUUCCCACUUUCUUAAGCAGACAUGCCGGAUAAUUAAAAUAAAAAAGUCUAAAUACGCGUUUUAAAAACACUUUUAACUCCCUUUAAAGAAUAAAAAAAUAUUUCCCAGAACUGAUCGUCUCCUCUCUGCAGUACGUCCCCUGACAUUCCUGCUACCGCCGCAUUCUGCCGCCAUGUUUGCCGCAGAGAAGCUCCGCCCAAAUCAAGAAUGACGCACGCACAAGUCGGAAUGAGUGUAUUCUCUCCAUUAGGGGUCAGUCGUUCUGUCUCUAACGUGCGCCGGCGCCCCCUCCAGGCUGGACUUUGUGUGUGUUUUCAAAGUUGUCGAAUCGUCUUCCAGUCUGACCAACAAGGUUUUAGGAAAAAAAGGAAAAAAAAAAAAAAGUUCCCCUCAGUUUCUGUUUCCAAAUGCCGAGUAAGCCUUACGGUUUAGCUCAGAAAAGGUCAAAACUUUGACAUCCAGCACUUCUGAGUCUCAUUAAAGUAUGAGGUAUUACAUUGGUACAAAAAAACAAAAAAGAUGCAGAUUAGAGUAUCUAAGGAUGUGCGCUAUAUAUUUAUUUGAAUGUUUAUAUGACUAUCAUUGAUGGCUAACUUGAAUUUAUUUUCUAUUUAAUUUAUUGUCUUUUUUAUAUUGCCAUUUCACAGUCAGUUGGGGAGGUUAGAAGUAUUUUUGUUUAAAAAAACGUUUUCUUUAAAGAUAGACAUCUCACUCAGCAUCCGUUUUUCCUGCUGCUCUGAAAUCCACACGCUUUGCUGUUGCACAAACUGCUAGAAAUGACGCUUUACGGCAGAAAUGGAAAAAACAAAGAAUGGCGUCGGCCUGCAUGCUGUAGUCCGCCUCUGUCGGCACCGCCGGUACAAAGUUGCACUCUGAAGUCUGAUGACAAAUACGAGCGAGUUCAGGAAAAGCUGGUAACGGUAUUUGGAAGGAUUUCGUUUUGACCCGAGCCGCAGAGGAGUUCUAGCCGUGCACGCUUCACGCCAAAACUCCCGAGAAACCAGAGGUCCUAAGAAAUGGCUUUGUAGCUUUGAACACAGCACUUUCACACUCAUCACUUUUGAUCUGGUUCAGAGAAAUCUGACUCAGCCUGCUUUAAAGCAAGAUUUUUAACUUUUUUUAUGUUCUAAAUGAAAUUUUCUUUGUGUGUGUGUGUGUGUGUAUAUAAAUAUAUAUAUAUAUAUAUAUAUAUAUAUACCCCCCUUCACAUUCACACAAAUGAUGUGGCAAGAAAUGUUUUUAAUGCAGUUAAUAAAAAACAGGAAAUAAACCGGUCAGUAUUUAUAUUUGAAAAGAAAAUCCUCAUUGCACUAAUGAAUUUCCAGCGAGUCUUCAGUCGAGCGUCACAUCCUGGAGCAAAGGUCAAAGAUGAAAAAAGAAUCCAUCUUAGUAAUUUUAAUCUGCUAACCAGCAGCUAAAGGAUCUCCCAAACUGGAUGCAGAAGUUUCUUUCCAGCCUUCCGAGCUUUACUGGUGGAGAUCUCUCACAGCUGCUACCGUUUGUACUGUUCAACGAGCAUCAACCCGACUGCAGGAGUGUUUCUCUUUAAAGACUUCCGCUGCUCUGCAUUGAUUUUUCAUGAGCCACGAUUCACGCUCCACCCGGCGCCUGCUGCAGAGAAAAGCCCUCCUUCACUCAUCCAUCCUGACUUUAACAAACGAGCAUGAGACGCUUUUAUUUGACUAAACAUGUUAAAGUGCUACAGCUUGACACAUCGGACCUCCGUUCUCUGACGCCCCGACACAUCUCGGUACGCUCUGAGGAUGCUGGGAAACCAGCCUCUUUUUUUCUUUCCUGUCCUGUGGGUACGCAGUGCCGCCGGCCGUUGAGGGCGCCGAGAUGUGAAAACAACCGAUUACCAUCAACAUGAAGCUGUUUUUUACCCUGUACAUCUUUAGUAUUUUUACACAUGAAAUGCAUAUGAUAGGGAUGCACAUUAUUUUCUUCUUACAGACAGCUUCAAUAAAGCACUAUGUCAAACUGC